UAAAGUUGGGAUGGGCGUGCCGCGUGAGGGGAACUUGGCAAUGUCUUCUCAUGAGCUUAGGGCAUGCUUUUGGCUUCGUUAACUCGGAAAUCCCACCAUCCAAAGUCGAUCCAGGUCCAGCUUGCAAAACUACUAAACCACCCCUAUUUGAUGGGCCUUAACUGCCGUCCUCGGAAUGGAAGCAAAUGGGAAGAUGAAGAAGGAUAGGGUUCAUGCAGUCGUCAAGAAACUUGGUUUGACCGGCGGUGAAGAGAAUAGUCUCAACUGCCCCGAUCCAUGCGAUGGCCUGAAGGAAGAAAUUGAUGCAGAAGAUAUCGUUGGUGGAUUGGAGGAUGCAUCAGGACGGAAUGAGUUCCUGCACGAAGCCUUCAAGAUUUUCGACGAGGAUGGUAAUGGGUUCAUAGAAGCAGUUGAGCUGAAGAGGGUCCUCGAAUGUCUUGGGUUAGACAGAGGUUGGAAUAUGGGAGAUAUCGAGAAAAUGGUUCAUGUCGUUGAUUUGAAUUUGGACGGUAAGGUUGAUUUUAGUGAGUUCGAAUUGAUGAUGGCCCUGUAACUGUUAAUAUGAUACCUAUCGUAAAACUCCAAUCAAGA